GUUCAGGUGCACACGGCUACAAUAUCGAGGACUCACGGAUUCACUGAUGCGGCCAUUCAUGAUAUAUAGGCGAUCAAUUAAUGACCUUGGACAACCUCCGGUACUAUGUACUUUGCCUUUCGCCAAAGACAUGCUUGUUAAUGACAACUCAUGGCACUAUACCCUGAAGUACACAGCCGAAUCCUCACUGCUGCAACUAGGCUAACCGCAGCUUAGCAUGUGUCAUCUACGCCGGUCCUCAGAAUUUCACUGCCAGGCACGUGUCAACGGUGUCAUACAGAACAUGCUGUUUUCAUCAUCUGCCCACCUGGACAUACCGACUCAUGUUCUUAUGAGAAGGUUGCUGAAGGAGAGCUGACGCUACACAAAAACAGCGAAGUUGCAAAUCGAGAUGCACCUUUCGCUUUCUCGUCUUGAGCCUUGAGUCAUUAUUACAAUGUCGAAUCCUGUUCGCACACAACCAUCUGGUCUUUCUAUCUUACCUUUGGCUGGUUCCAACCAUACCGAAGUCGGGGAACCUCGACACCGCACAAGCACAUUCAGUGUUGUCAUUUGCGGAGAAGCCGGAUCCGGUAAAAGCUCCUUGGUCAAUUUGAUCACUGGGAGGAACAUUGCGGUGACAUCCUCUGAUGCUGGGGGAUGUACAACUGCAGUCGAUGUGCACGACUCGGAUAUUUUGAAUGGGAGUGAGAUGUUGAAAGUAAAGCUUUUCGAUACACCCGGUCUGGACGAGGGCCCCCGAGGCACAGUCCCAGAUAAGGAAGCUCGAAGAAUUUUGAAGAAGCUCCUUCGAACUCUGACACAACAAGGCAAUAAUCAUCUCAUCGUGUACUGUGUGCGGGGUGAGAGAGAGAUUCGGACACUCCGCCGGAACUACGAGUUAAUCCGCUCCCAAGUCAAGAGGAAAUUCCCCAUUGUCCUUGUCGUCACAUGUUUGGAAUCCUAUCAACCAGAGAUGGAAGACUGGUGGAGGGUUAAUGAGCCAGCCAUCUCAAACAUGGGGAUGACAUUUGCAGGCCAUGCAUGUAUCACCACGGCGACAAUGAAAGGUCCCAUGUUCUUGGAGCGCCGCACUCAGUCAUAUAACGCUGUCCACAAACUGUUCGAGCAGUGUCGCCCAUCAAAUAUCACAGGGGUUCACACUGCAGACAGCCCAAUGAGCAAGAAUAAAACUAUCGUGGUCUUUGGGGCGAAGGGGGCAGGCAAAAGCUCACUCAUCAACCUCAUGGAGGGAAAGGAUGUAGCAGACUCAUUCUGUGGCAUUGAACCCUGCACAAACGUCUGGCAAGAAUAUCCCGUCGAAUUCAGUGGCGAGUCUUAUAGGGUGUUUGAUACUGUUGGACUCCCUGGCGAGACUUAUGAGGUAUUUAACACCGCCGGAGCCAAUGAGUCGCGGUUGGAAUUUUCACAGUACCUCAAUGCCUGUAAACUCGUCCAGACUUUAGAGAAAGAAGGGGGGAUUGAUCUUCUUGUGUUCUGCGUGUCCGGCACAGGCAAGCUCAAUGCGAUGCACCAAAACAAUUACCGGUUCUUUUACGAAUUUCUUUGUGGCAAGAAGGUUCCCGUUGUUUUAGCGAUCACGAAACUUGAAAGGGAGCCGGACAUGGAGAGCUGGUGGACGAGAAACCAGAAGAACUUUCUCAGGAAGAAGAUCCGCGUUAAUGGUCAUGUUUGCAUCACUACCAUCAAAGCCUAUUCCGACUUGCGAGAGAAAUCACGCAAAGCGAUCUGGAACCUUGUCAAGAAUGUCACUGCUGACCAGCAGAAGCGAGCACGGGAAGGAGCAAACAACUUGUUCCGAGUCGCGUCGUUGAUAUCGCCUGCGCAGAAUGGGAAUUUACGUGUGCGAAAGGAUGUUGUCUCCUACCUCAUCAAGCGCUGCCAUAUGUCUCCAGAAGUCGCAAAAUUGUUAGCUAGUAGGAUGGUAGUAGUAGCUACUUGAUGCUAAAUAUUGCGGUAUGCUUCAAGGUGACUAUUUAGAUUCCCAUGUUCAAUACAUUAUGUUUCUCUUACUGUACAUCUUAUCUCAUUCGUAUCCUACAUUCCUGUAUAAUGUAAGUGUACGACUUUUUCGAUUGCUUUAGCCUUCAUUUCUUCUACUAUAUUAUGGUCUGCUCUCACUGCCGUUCCGAGUCGAUACCUGUUCGCGACUAUCUUCCUCAUAUAAAGGCCUGCGCCCAUGGCUCAGUUGACGGUCAGCAACAA